UUUUUUUCCCCCAGACACUUCCGGGUCCUGCGUCGCCCCGGAAGCCCGCGAGUUCCGGAAGCCUGGCUAGCCCAGGUUCUGCCUGGAAAAGCCAAGCUUCCGAGAAAAUGUUUCAGAGAAAGUUCGGUGGAGCGGGGCGUGUCGCCGACUCCUAAGCUCCUGACCAGCAUGAGGCAAGGAUUUCACAGAAGUUGCAGCCAAAAUCCCCACUGCUAUCAGCUUAGAAGUCUUAACGGAGCUCCAGGAAGGGGGAACCGGAGGAUCAAAAACGAAAAGAAAAAAGCAGGAAAGAAAGGAGGGAGGAGGACAUGCGAGGAGAAAGAGAAAGGAGUUCCCAGUAAGAGGUGACUGCUCAGUGUGCUGUUUGGACACGAUGCAAAGAGCUCUUUGGAGAAAGCAUGGCUUCCAGAGAAGAGAAAGCACAGAGCACACACAGGGUGCUGAGAAUCAGUCAGUUGGAUGCACUUGAACUGAACAAGGCCCUGGAGCAGCUGGUUUGGUCCCAGGUCACUCAGUGCUUCCAUGGGUUUCAGCCAGGGCUGCUGGCCCGCUUUGAACCUGAGCUGAAAGCCCUCCUGUGGCUUUUCUUGUGGCGAUUCACCGUUUACUCCAAAAACGCCACUGUGGGCCAGUCAGUUUUAAAUAUUCAGUACAAAAACGAUUUCUCCACGACCCCGAGGUACCAGCCCCCGAGUAAGAACCAGAAGCUCUGGUACGCUGCCUGCACGAUCGGUGGGAAGUGGUUAGAAGAACGCUGCUACGAUCUUUUCCGAAACCAUCACUUAGCCUCAUUUGGGAAAGCCAAACAGUGUCUGAACUUUGUGGUGGGCCUUGUGCAAUUAGGGAGCCUGAUUAACUUCUUGAUUUUCCUCCAGAAGGGCAAAUUUGCAACUUUGACGGAACGCCUGCUGGGCAUUCGCUCCGUGUUCUGCAAGCCCCAGCACGUGCGUGAGGUUGGCUUCGAGUACAUGAACAGGGAGCUUCUCUGGCACGGCUUCGCCGAGUUUCUCAUUUUUCUCUUACCGCUCAUCAACACCCAGAAGUUGAAGGCCAAGUUAUCUUCGUGGUGCAUCCCUCUGGCCGGUGCUCCUCACAGCGACAGCUCCUUGGCCAGCAGCGGCAAGCAGUGUUCUCUGUGCGGGGAGUGGCCCACCAUGCCCCACACCAUCGGCUGUGAGCACAUCUUCUGUUAUUACUGCGUGAAGAGCAGCUUCCUGUUUGACAUGUUCUUCACCUGCCCGAAGUGUGGCACAGAGGUACACAGUGUGCAGCCACUGAAGUCAGGAAUCGAGGUGUCGGAAGUGAAUGCUCUUUAGACACUGAAAAUCGUUGUCUCUGCAGAAAACUGUAUUGUGUUGAAAUCCUUAGGAUUAGUCACCCUGAGCAUACCAUUUAGGUGUCUUUUAUGAGAACGUGUGCUUCUCAGCCACUGUGUUCUCUUCCUUGCCAGACCUGACUAAAAUCUAAUCACUGGGAUCCAUGGGUUUCUAAGUAUAUUCUGUAAAUGCUAAUGUGUUACUUUCUUUAAUGAUUGCAUUCAGUGUUUAAUGUCAGGAGUAAUGGGCAGUUUUUGUCCGAUGCCUACGAACAAUGCUCCUUCUCUUUGUACUUCCUAGAACAAGGUUAGACUCGAAAAAUAAAAAGUUUUGGAGACUGGGA